AUGGAGAGCGGCGCCGACGGGCGCCUGGACGCCGCCGCCUUCCUCGGGGCCUGGCGGCGCUUCGACGCCGAUGACAAUGGCUACAUAGAAGGGAAGGAGCUUGACGAUUUUUUUCAUCAUCUCCUGGAGAAACUAGGACCAGAAAGCACCAUCACAGAAGAAGAAGUUCAGAGGAUGAAGGAGCAAUUCAUGUCUGUCUAUGAUGUCACCACAGAUGGACGCUUGCAAAUCCAAGAGCUUGCAAAUAUGAUGUUGCCGGAUGAUGAGAAUUUCCUACUGCUUUUCCGACGGGAAACUCCCUUGGACAACAGCGUGGAAUUCAUGCGGAUCUGGCGCAGUUACGAUGCUGACAGCAGUGGAUUUAUUUCAGCUGGUGAACUCAAAGAUUUCCUGCGAGAUCUCUUUUUGCAGCAUAACAAGAUGGUUGCUGAGGUAAAGCUGGAAGAAUAUACUGAUACUAUGAUGAAAAUCUUCGACAAAAACAAAGAUGGACGACUGGACCUGAAUGACCUGGCAAGGAUUCUGGCACUCCAGGAAAAUUUCCUUCUACAAUUCAAGAUGGAUGCUUCCAGCACAGAAGAAAGGAGGAGAGAUUUUGAGAAGAUCUUUGCACACUAUGAUGUUAGUAAAACAGGAGCGCUUGAAGGCCCAGAAGUGGAUGGGUUUGUCAAAGACAUGAUGGAACUGGUCAAGCCCAGCAUUAGUGGGGUGGACCUGGACAAGUUCCGCCAGAUCCUGCUCAACCACUGCGAUGUGAACAAGGAUGGGAAAAUUCAGAAAUCUGAACUAGCUUUGUGUCUUGGGCUGAAAAUUAACCCAUAGCUGGGAAAGUGCUUGUGGUUGUGUUUCCCUUGAAAGAUUUGCCUGCUGCUCCUCGUAGAAGUAUGUUCUGUGCUGCUGCGGGAGUGGUGGGGAGCUGAGGCACCACGCUGCCAGGCUGGAGAGUGGGAUUUACACGAUGGCCUCCU